AUGGCGGCCGUCAUGACAGCGACACCGACCACGCCGAUGACGGCGGCGACGACGACGGUGCCGCUGCCCAACUACCAGGUGUCCGGCGCGGGCGGCGUAGCUGCAGUGGCGCCGCGGCACGGCGCCUCGUCGGGGUCAUCAGGCUCCGUCGGCGCAUUCUUCGGGGUGCUGGCCGCGGUGCUCGUCCUCACCGUACUCUCCUGUGUCUUCGGCCGGGUGUGCGCCGCGCAGGCCCAGGGGCCCGACGAGUCCUACGACUGCACCAGGCUGGCGCGCUGGCGCAGGAGCGCGCACCGGCGCCGCCCAGUGGUGCCAGCCGCGGAGACAAAGCAGCCGGCUGCGCCGCCACUGCCGCUGCCGGAGCCGUGA